AUGCUCGCAAGAGGCGCCAAUCCGUCGCGUCGGCUCCUGUCACGCUCGACACGCGCGCGCUCCGUGCGCUACAGCAGCGACCGGCGCAGCGAUGAUCGUCUUCCCCGUCUCACAGACCUCGUGCUGAUCCGCCACGGCGAGAGCGAGGGCAACAUCGCUCGCCAGCGCUCAUUGGCUGGCGACCACAGUCUCUUUGCCGGCGAGUUCAAGCACCGGCACAGCUCCAAUUGGCGCUUAACGGACCGAGGACGACGCCAAGCAGCAGCUGCUGGUGAUUGGCUGAGACGCAACGACUUGGCGCGCUUUGACCGCUACCUCGUGUCGGAAUAUCUGCGAGCUAUGGAGACGGCGGGCCGCAUGGGGCUCUUGGACGCGCGAUGGUACGCGGAGAUGCUCAUUCGGGAGCGUGAUUGGGGCGCCAUGGACCUCAUGAGUGAACAGGAGCGCUUUAUCAAGAUGCAGGACGAGCUCAAGCGUCGAGAACUCAACCGGUUCUACUAUGCGCCGCCAGGUGGGGAAUCUUUAGCCGCUGUUGCCCAACGAGCAGACCGGUUAUUGGGCAUUCUAAACCACGAAUGUCGCGACAAACGCGCGAUUGUUGUUGCCCAUGGAGAAGUGAUCUGGGCCAUGCGGACGCGGCUCGAGCGGAUGUCACAGGAUACGUUCAUUGAGCUCCAAGAAUCGGGACGCAUGGUGGACCAAAUCCAUAAUGGUCAUGUGCUCCACUAUACGAGGAAGGACCCGCUGACAGGCGUGAUGGCGCCAUAUUUCACGCAUGUGCGCUCAGUUUGUCCGUGGAACGAGAAGCUCAGUCCGAAAGGAUGGAUGAAGAUUGAUCGACCGGUGUACGACAAUGAGCUGCUGUUGGCAACAGCAGAGCGUGUGCCGCGGAUGAUCAUCUCGGAAGAGUACCUUGAGCAGACGUAUAAUGGCGCCAAGUCGUUGUCAAAAGGAGAUGGGAUAGCGAACGUGUUGGCUCCUUCGACGAGCUUGAUCAGCGCUUCACCGUCCGCUGAAGGGACAGCAAGCUCUGCAGAGGCUUCAGCGAAGAAGGAGGAACGUCAAGCACCGCUCUUGAUUCCAGGAAAGCCGAUGCUGAAUUUGAAAAAGGUGGUCGUGGUGAAAAAGAUGUCACGGUUUCAGCAUGAAGCUGAGUUGUACGGCAAUACGGGAGAGGCAUUGCGGAAGCAGAUGUCGAUGCGAGGAUUUAUUCAUGACCGUUUAAAAGCAAGCCAUGAGCAUCAUAUCGAAGCCGUCGAUGAAAUCACCAAUAGUUUUAAGGAGCGCGAUAUUCAGGUGGACGUCGUUUCUGCUAAUCAGCUUACCCACGAGGCAGUAGAGGGGACGGAUAUGAUAUUUUCCGCCGGUGGUGAUGGGACCUUUUUGAAGACGGCGAGCUUCGUGAACACUGCAAUUCCUGUAGCAGGCUUGAACACUGACCCGAAACGAAGCGAAGGCAAUUUGUGCUGCUACAAGAUUGAUAAUGUCACUCAUCGAUUUAGUACGGCGCUGGACCGCUUGCUGGAGGGAGAUUUCAAAUGGCGGUUGCGCCAGCGAAUUCGUGUGGGAAUGGUGAACCAGGACGGGUUCUGGUAUGAGCUACCUCGCUACGCACUUAACGAAGUGUUUAUCGCAGAAGGCGAUGCAUCUCGGCCCUCACACUAUAACAUUGGCAUCGACCAGCAUCAGCGCGAAUCCCACCGCAGUAGUGGCAUUCUGAUGUGUACGGGUACAGGUUCCAGUGCGUGGUACUCGAGCGCGUGCCAAAUAUACCGAGAGCAGGUUGCCACUGUCCUCAGCGCGAUGAACCACACACAUACGAACGAGACAGUAACGGAGCUGACCGAAUCUAUCAACAAGCAGAAUGUUUUCUCUGAAGAUUCGCGGGACAUGGGCUACGUCGUGCGCGAGCCGAUCAUCAACGCCACGUUCGGUGAUAUCCGAUUCAGGCGAGGUAAAGCCCGCCGGGUUUCGAUGCGGUCACUCGGAUGGGACAUGAGAGUCAACAUAGAUGGCAUCUACUCGGUGCCGUUAGAUUACGGCGUUCAGGCGGUGAUGAAGAUUGACGAUGGACCGAAAUACGUGCUACGCACUGUGGAUUUCUCCCCGUUGCCAGGCUCUGCGCCAAUGCGGAAGAUAUAUUAG